UGUGCUUAUGCGAUUGAGAAUCGGUGUGCGUUUGUGUGCUUGCCUCGGUGUGAAGUUGAAAUUGAAAAGCAUUUAACUGUCGAAAAAAUGAACCUUGACCCGAACCAAGGCAACGCGCAUUUGCAAAAAAAAACUCACUAGUAACCAGAGAAAGGGGCAAUGCAAGGCAAGGCAAGGAAGGCAGACAGGCAGUCAGCUAUGAAGCUUUGAAGCCAUAAAGCCCGCACGACGCCAACAGUCAAUUAGAACUAUUGCAGUAACAGCAACAACAACAACAAUAGCUUGAACUAUGACACAAGGAAUUUUACGCGCAUAAAACCUAAUGUCGGGUAAUUUGUAGGAAAAGCAAGGAGACAACGGUAACAAAGCAACAGGAAUAAAGAAACUGUGGCCUACUUUGCGGCAUUGUGGCAAUAGAGCAUGGGUUCAUGCCUCGGCGGCUGUGUGUCGUCGUCGUCGUCGUCGCCAUCUUCGUCAAAGGAGUCCUACUCGUCCACAUCCCCAGCCAGCUCCACACACCGUACAUUUGCAGCAGCAGCUGCCGCGGCAGCCUCCAACAGCUGGCUCCUUUGGCGUCAUCCACAAGCCUCACGUUCAGCAUGCGCAACAGAUGAACAAGACGCCGAGCUCAUAUCGAAUGCCAGCGAGCGUUGUCGUCAUCGCGGUCUUGUCUACCGCAUACUGAAGUUCAAGCGAAAGAAAAGGUGCCCGCAAUUUAUAGACAAGUACUGGGACCAGCAGCAGCAGCAGCAACAGCAAUCUCCCAGCUACGCCAAGUUGCAGAACGAGAGCACCAAUGCGGACAUACAACUGCAGAAUCUCGACGUUUUUAAAUUGCUCAAUACAACAACACCCAACAAGGAGACGGAACUGCAGAGCUACACACGCAUCGCCAGCUCAAGGGCCAGCUCCUCGCUAGAUCUGGAGUGGGAGCAUGAGUAUGCACAGCUGCGGCAACAGCAGCAAUACCCACAGCAACAGCAGCUGACAAUGCACACCCCACCGCCGAUGGUUAACCCACAGCAACACUAUACUUCCCUGGACCAACUGACGACGACGGCCUCGCUGAAUGCCAGCCAAGUCCGUCUGGCGACACGACAACAACGCGCGGGAAUUCAGCGACAAGGCUACUUUGCACGCACUUCCUGCGGCUCCUCUACACAAAACUCCUGGUCGCACAUAUCGACGCCCGAAUCACUGGAAUGGGACAUAGAUGCCGAGCAAGAGCAGCAGCGACAGCUGCGGCUGGAAGAUGACAAUCUAGACGACGAGACCUUGAAAUUGCUGCACCAAAUAGAGCAGCUGAAGAACCAUGUGCUACAAGAGACCGGGGACGGGCUAAGCACAAGUGCGGGCCUGGCAGCCGAGGAGCUCAGUGAGGGCUUGCAGCUUCGAGCUACGCAUUUUGGUGUUGGAAGUGCUGCGACGGAGCUGGAGGCCCAUAUAAGUUGAUUCCCGCAACGCCUUACAGGCGUAGGCGUGUAUAUAAUUAGAAAGCCCGACGAAGUCACAAUACAAAUCAUGAUCACUAUGAGUUAUGCAAUUAAGUGCCUAGUGUUAAACCAAAGUACUCGAUUCCCUUUCACAACACCCACUAAUGGUGCUAUUUCCAGCCAAAGUCCCCUAUUCUAAUCCCUGCUUGACAUGAUCAAAAAACAACGCAUAUCGCCACAUACCGUCAGUUGUAAAAUAUAGAGCCACAGGCACCCUUUAUAC